AUGCCUUCCGCAGCCGAAGACGCUCGCCUCCGGGCCGCUAUCGAGCAAAAGGGCCUCAAGUUCCAGAUAAAAGCAGGCAACGCCAAGUGGCAAUGUACCAUCCUCGACCGGGCCACUCAUGAAAGGCAAAAGGCCACCCGGACCGGCUCGGCGUCAUCUAUUUCAUCUACCGAGUCAUCCUCAAGCUCGGCCAAGUCAACCUACUAA